AUGAGUACCGACGACACGUCAGACUCGAGGACGUCCUCCGUGAGCCGAAAACGCACUCUGCAACAAUCAGUUGGCAAUGCUGCCGAAGUAAUUACGCAAAGCCCGACGUCUGAUUCGGAUGGAGGCCAGCCAUCUGGACGUGCGAAUAAGCGCGCCAAACCAAAUGGCAACGGUGGUGUUGAGAGCGAUAAUGUCCCGGCAGAGACAGACAAUUCAGCAAGUGCCGCUGAAGCCCCUGUUGAAAAACCCAAAGAUGCGACAGCUGCGGCCAUGUCAUGGAACAAGGGCGUCCAAGCGACUGUUCGGACCUCUCUUGGUGGCGGCGCGAAAGCAGCGAAGAAGGCUGCUGGAGACAACAAUCCACCCGCGGCUGAAAAGAGGCAAGGAGAAGAGCCACCUGUUGUGGGAGACACAUCUGCGUCUGGACCAGACGUUUCUCAUAAUAAGACCAAGCGGGCAAAGAUGACAAGAGCCCAGAGAAGAGCCCUUUCUGCCCUCGACGUCGCUACUACCAAGCCGGGAAAGCCUGCGGAUUCAAACAUACCUGAAAUUUCGAAUAGCAUUGACGGCACUGCCCCCGAGAUUAUGAAGGGAAGCGGCCUUACUUUGCCUUCUCCAACCGAGAGACGAGCAAGGGAGAAGCCGGCUGGCUAUAUUACUCGCGACCUCAGAACCAACUUUGUCUAUGAGUUGCUCAUCAGGAACAGCAAUGUUGUGGGUAAAAUGGAUCUAGAUUCGAUGGUUGCUGCAUGCGACGCAUAUAUGAACAAGAACUAUUCUAAGAUCGAGAAGAAAUAUGGGGCUGUACAGCUGAAAGACGAGUCCUUUAUGGGGUUCUGCAGAAACCGACUGAAGGAGGCGAAAGCAGGCACGAUGUCAGCGUCCAAACCCGUUUCUACUGCAAGUUCCAUAAAUGGGCAAAGUUUGGGAGACAUUACAACUACAGAUUCCACUGCAGCUUUGGCUGUGCAUGGUCAGAGCAGUGCUGUCGAACAUUCCACCAUUCCAAAUGACGGAAACCAGAAAGAAAGGCCAGCAGCAGUUGUUUCAUUGAUACCCGAGGAUGCUGAGGAUGAUGAUGAAUACUCCCCUGAACUCGAACCCAUGGUUUUGCCAUCAUGUAGUGCAACCCGAGAGACGGAUCAGAUCCUCAGUGAGGCUGAAGCUGCAAUGAUCAACAAAUACUACCCAGGCUUGCCACGUGGCACAAUCCGCUGCCUUACUUGUGGUAACAAUGGGCACUUGGCCACCUCCUGCCCUCAGCUGAAAUGCUCCACCUGUGGUGUCCAUGGCAUUCAUUUCACAAACUCUUGUCCGAAAACCAUACGCUGCAGUAAGUGCCACCAGCGAGGCCACCAAAAGCCCGCCUGUCCCGAGAAGCUCGCCCUCACCGAAUCCGAGGGUGAAACUUGUGAUAUCUGUGAAUCUGGGCACCACACUGAGGACUCCUGCCACUUUUUGUGGCGUAGCUUCAAACCAGACUUGGGAUCGGUUCGGAAGGUUUGUAGCCUCGUGGCAGAUUGCUAUAACUGUGGUGCGGAUGAACAUUAUGGCCCUGAGUGCGCUCUGAGUCGUAGUGCCUCGUUGACAGGAGGAUACACAUGGUCCAUGGCAAAUAGGGAUCGUUAUGUAGUCCCCAAGAUGAGCAUGCCUGCGAUCUCAAAUGGGAGAGAUUACCUGCCGGCCAAGCCCCAGAACGGGUUCAGCAUCAAGGGAUCUGCCAAAUCGAAUCCCGUGACGCUUGAUGAUAGCGACGAGGAAGAUUUCAUCCGGGCAAAGAUAGCUCCACCGCAACCGAAGGGCCACAUACGCUUCACUGGCGGCUGUCAACCGCUUGAAGAGAGAUACCAGCCUCAGCCUCCACCACCUUCCAGUUACCGGGAGCCACCGCUUUCAAACUCAUAUCGUGGGAAUGAUGAGCAUUUCAGGUUCGGGGAGGGACAGCUAUAUAGCCCCCCACCCAGUUAUCCUGAUUAUAACCAAGGACGGUAUGAUGAUCAGUAUCACAACUUUGAUCACGAUAACGACUACCGUUCCAAUGGUCAGCCAAUGUUGCCUUUUAGAGGCGACAACGAUGGCCAUCGCAGUGGUCCAAACCCCAGCAAACGCUCAAGAAAGGGCGCUGGUAAUGGACCGCUUCGUCAUGACAACGUGGCGCCUCCACAGUCUCUUGCUGGGAAGAAGAGUGGCCGUGGGGGUCGCAAUAAAGGCGGACCUAGGGGUGGUGGUGGCCGAGGUGGUGCAAACAGAGGUAAGAAAUAA